UUAGUUGUCUCUGCCGCUGGGGAAGGUAAAGCGGCGACGGCGUCCUCAGGAGCUGUGGGGUCUCCUGCUAGAAGUGGGGGACUCGGCGGGGGAGUCAUUUAAUACUUCAUGAUUAGAACAAAUAUGUGAAAGUUCCCACCAACCAGUGAGAAUUUCUUCCUUCAGACGGUUUUGGAUCUUACUGCACAGCUUUCUGAGAAGUUCUUUUGGUGCCAUGUUUUGUGGCUUGCAUCAAAAGAGGAGUUUGUCUUCAUGAAGAUUCCUAACAUUGGUAAUGUGAUGAAUAAAUUUGAGAUCCUUGGGGUUGUAGGUGAAGGAGCCUAUGGAGUUGUACUUAAAUGCAGACACAAGGAAACACAUGAAAUUGUGGCGAUCAAGAAAUUCAAGGACAGUGAAGAAAAUGAAGAAGUCAAAGAAACGACUUUACGAGAGCUUAAAAUGCUUCGGACUCUCAAGCAGGAAAACAUUGUGGAGUUGAAGGAAGCAUUUCGUCGGAGGGGAAAGUUGUACUUGGUGUUUGAGUAUGUCGAAAAAAAUAUGCUCGAAUUGCUGGAAGAAAUGCCAAAUGGAGUUCCACCUGAGAAAGUAAAAAGCUACAUCUAUCAGCUAAUCAAGGCUAUUCACUGGUGCCAUAAGAAUGAUAUUGUCCAUCGAGAUAUAAAACCAGAAAAUCUCUUAAUCAGCCACAAUGAUGUCCUAAAACUGUGUGACUUUGGUUUUGCUCGUAAUCUGUCAGAAGGCAAUAAUGCUAAUUACACAGAGUACGUUGCCACCAGAUGGUAUCGGUCCCCAGAACUCUUACUUGGCGCUCCCUAUGGAAAGUCCGUGGACAUGUGGUCGGUGGGCUGUAUUCUUGGGGAGCUUAGCGAUGGACAGCCUUUAUUUCCUGGAGAAAGUGAAAUUGACCAACUUUUUACUAUUCAGAAGGUGCUAGGACCACUUCCAUCUGAGCAGAUGAAGCUUUUCUACAGUAAUCCUCGCUUCCAUGGGCUCCGGUUUCCAGCUGUUAACCAUCCUCAGUCCUUGGAAAGAAGAUACCUUGGAAUUUUGAAUAGUGUUCUACUUGACCUAAUGAAGAAUUUACUGAAGUUGGACCCAGCUGACAGAUACUUGACAGAACAGUGUUUGAAUCACCCUACAUUUCAAACCCAGAGACUUCUGGAUCGUUCUCCUUCAAGGUCAGCAAAAAGAAAACCUUACCAUGUGGAAAGCAGCACAUUGUCUAAUAGAAACCAAGCCGGCAAAAGUACUGCUUUGCAGUCUCACCACAGAUCUAACAGCAAGGACAUCCAGAACCUGAGUGUAGGCCUGCCCCGGGCUGACGAAGGUCUCCCUGCCAAUGAAAGCUUCCUAAAUGGAAACCUUGCUGGAGCUAGUCUUAGUCCACUGCACACCAAAACCUACCAAGCAAGCAGCCAGCCUGGGUCUACCAGCAAAGAUCUCACCAACAACAACAUACCACACCUUCUUAGCCCAAAAGAAGCCAAGUCAAAAACAGAGUUUGAUUUUAAUAUUGACCCAAAGCCUUCAGAAGGCCCAGGGACAAAGUACCUCAAGUCAAACAGCAGAUCUCAGCAGAACCGCCACUCAUUCAUGGAAAGCUCUCAAAGCAAAGCUGGGACACUGCAGCCCAAUGAAAAGCAGAGUCGGCAUAGCUAUAUUGACACAAUUCCCCAGUCCUCUAGGAGUCCCUCCUACAGGACCAAGGCCAAAAGCCAUGGGGCACUGAGUGACUCCAAGUCUGUGAGCAACCUUUCUGAAGCCAGGGCCCAAAUUGCGGAGCCCAGUACCAGUAGGUACUUCCCAUCUAGCUGCUUAGACUUGAAUUCUCCCACCAGCCCAACCCCCGCCAGACACAGUGACACGAGAACUUUGCUCAGCCCUUCUGGAAGAAAUAACCGAAAUGAGGGAACGCUGGAUUCACGUCGAACCACAACCAGACAUUCUAAGACGAUGGAGGAAUUGAAGCUGCCGGAGCACAUGGACAGUAGCCAUUCCCAUUCGCUGUCUGCACCUCACGAAUCUUUUUCUUAUGGACUGGGCUACACCAGCCCCUUUUCUUCCCAGCAGCGUCCUCAUAGGCAUUCUAUGUAUGUGACCCGUGACAAAGUGAGAGCCAAGGGCUUGGAUGGAAGCUUGAGCAUAGGGCAAGGGAUGGCAGCUAGAGCCAACAGCCUGCAACUCUUGUCACCCCAGCCUGGAGAACAGCUCCCUCCAGAGAUGACUGUGGCAAGAUCUUCGGUCAAAGAGACCUCCAGAGAAGGCACCUCUUCCUUCCAUACACGCCAGAAGUCUGAGGGUGGAGUGUAUCAUGACCCACACUCUGAUGAUGGCACAGCCCCCAAAGAAAACAGACAUCUAUACAAUGAUCCUGUGCCAAGGAGAGUUGGUAGCUUUUACAGAGUGCCAUCUCCACGUCCAGACAAUUCUUUCCAUGAAAAUAAUGUGUCAACUAGAGUUUCUUCUCUACCAUCAGAGAGCAGUUCUGGAACCAACCACUCAAAAAGACAACCAGCAUUCGAUCCAUGGAAAAGUCCUGAAAAUAUUAGUCAUUCAGAGCAACUCAAGGAAAAAGAGAAGCAAGGAUUUUUCAGGUCAAUGAAAAAGAAAAAGAAGAAAUCUCAAACAGUACCCAAUUCUGACAGCCCUGAUCUUCUGACGUUGCAGAAAUCCAUUCAUUCUGCUAGCACUCCAAGCAGCAGACCAAAGGAGUGGCGCCCCGAGAAGAUCUCAGAUCUGCAGACCCAAAGCCAGCCAUUAAAAUCACUGCGCAAGUUGUUACAUCUCUCUUCAGCCUCAAAUCACCCGGCUUCCUCAGAUCCCCGCUUCCAGCCCUUAACAGCUCAACAAACCAAAAAUUCCUUCUCAGAAAUUCGGAUUCACCCCCUGAGCCAGGCCUCUGGCGGGAGCAGCAACAUCCGGCAGGAACCCACACCGAAGGGCAGGCCAGCCCUCCAGCUGCCAGAAGGUGGAUGUGAUGGCAGAAGACAGAGACACCAUUCUGGACCCCAAGAUAGACGCUUCAUGUUAAGGAUGACAGAACAAGGAGAAUACUUCCGCUGUGGUGACCCAAAGAAGCCUCACACUCCGUGUGUCCCAAACCGAGCCCUUCAUCGUCCAACCUCCAGUCCUGCUCCCUAUCCAGUACUCCAGGUCCGAGGCACUUCCAUGUGCCCGACACUCCAGGUCCGAGGCACUGAUGCUUUCAGCUGCCCAACCCAGCAAUCCGGGUUCUCUUUCUUCGUGAGACACGUUAUGAGGGAAGCCCUGAUUCACAGGGCCCAGGUAAACCAAGCUGCGCUCCUGACAUACCAUGAGAAUGUGGCACUGACGGGCAAGUGACUUCUGCAAGCCUGCGGCUGGUCCCAAUGCCCUGGAUCACCUCUCUCAUGGAAGAACCAAUUAACACCA